AUGGAUCACUCAAUCCAGCGGUUGCUGAAUGAUAAGCUCUACGACCGGAGGAAACAAGGAGCACUAGAGCUUGAGAAAGUCGUCCGAGACGCCGCAUUCAGAGGAGACCAUGAAGUUAUUCAGAAGAUUGUCGAUCAGUUAUGCCACGACUACGCAUAUGCAGUACAUCAGCCACAUGCGAGAAACGGUGGAUUGAUUGGGUUAGCGGCAGCUUCAAUAGCAUUGGGAUCAGAGGGAGUUGCUCCUUAUCUAAAAGAAAUUGUCCCGCCGGUACUUGCGUGCUUCUCCGAUCAAGAUGCGAGGGUUAGAUACUACGCUUGCGAGAGCAUGUACAACAUCGCCAAGGUCGCAAAGGGAGAGAUAUUGCUGUUUUUCAACGAGAUUUUCGAUGCGCUAAGCAAGCUAGCUUCAGACUCCGAACUAUCUGUGAAGAAUGGAGCGGAACUGCUCGAUCGACUUGUGAAGGACAUCGUUUCCGAAUCGGCCGCCCAUCACGUUUCCGUCCUCCAGCUCUCUGAGAAACAGUCCUCUGACCCUGACGAUUUAGGGGACGACCUCCCGACGGCAUUUUCGCUUCCGAAGUUCAUACCAUUGCUUAAAGAGCGAAUACACGUCCUUAGCGCAUUCACUCGGACGUUCUUGGUGUCCUGGCUGACUCUGUUGGAUACAAUACCUGAUUUGGAGCUUGUCUCAUAUUUACCAGAGUUCUUAGCAGGGUUGAUCAAAUUCCUGGGCGAUCCAAAUCGAGACGUCAAUGUUGCUACACAAGGUCUUCUCGACCGGUUUUUGGCGGAGAUCAAAAGGAUUGCUCGCCUCAAGAAGGGUCUGGCAGAGAGUCGCAAAGGGCAAGGAAGUGACAAUAGACGAUCAAUGACAAGUGACAAUAUUAGCCUAGCUACGGACCCGACAACUGCCCUUGACGCCGAGAGUAAUGAAAAUGCUGUCGAGGACUCUGAGGCUGAUUUUGCUGUUGAAGAUGAAGAAGGGCUCCAUACCGAUGGUGACUGGAUUCCUGGGCAAGACGUCCAGAUUGACUAUCCGAAAAUACUGGAUAUCCUUGUAGGGUUUAUGCAAUUAACUGCAUUACGCUGGAUUGAUAGCUUUUUUGAAAUAAGCCCCGAGGAUAUACUUCCUUUCGUCCCACGCCUUCUAGAUCAAGUCCUCCCAGCACUGUCGAGCAGUUCAACAGCCGUGAAGGAGACCGCAGGCAGAGUCAAUGCGUCGCUGUUGGAGUAUAUCUUCAGCCUGACCCUAUCCGAGGAUACCUCGGACGACUCGCGACAGACCUCAGCCUCCAAACUACCUUCUGCCAUAACGAAAGAGCUUGCUGAGAGAAGGUCUUCCACUCCAACUAGUAAAGCCGAUAUAUCGGGUGUCGAAUCCAAAAAAGCAUCCCCUCGAAAUAGCGUCUCGUCAGCUGUUCCUUCCCCUCCCCCAGAGCUAGAUUAUGGCGCGGCCGUUACUUCUCUCACGCUCCAGUUUUUGAGCGAAUACGAGACCACAAGAAUAGCCGCUCUCUCUUGGCUCAUCAUGCUACACCGCAAGGCGCCGAAGAAGGUUGCCGCAUUCAAUGACGGAAUAUUCCCAGCACUUCUUAAGACAUUGUCUGAUCCAUCAGAGACAGUUGUUACGAAGGACCUUCAACUUCUAUCUCAAAUAUCUAGGAACAGCGAAGACAGCUAUUUCAAAUUAUUUAUGGUGAACCUGCUCCAGCUCUUCUCUACUGAUAGGAACCUGCUGGAAAUCCGCGGAAAUCUUAUUAUCCGACAACUCUGUCUAAAUCUGAGUCCCGAACGUAUAUAUCGAACUCUUGCCGACUGUCUUGAAAAAGAAGAUGAUAUUGAGUUUGCCAGCAUCAUGGUGCAGAACUUGAAUAAUAAUCUGAUUACUGCGCCGGAGCUGUCAGAAUUGAGGAAGCGGUUACGGAACUUGGACUCCAGGGAGGGCCAAACGUUCUUUGUGGCUCUUUUCAGGUCUUGGUGUCACAAUGCAGUCUCGACAUUUUCCCUAUGUUUGCUUGCGCAGGCGUAUGAGCAGGCUUAUAAUCUUCUUCAAGUCUUUGCUGAGCUUGAGAUGACGGUCAAUAUGUUGAUUCAGAUAGACAAACUCGUCCAACUCCUAGAGUCUCCCGUUUUCACCUAUCUCCGCCUUCAACUCCUCGAACCCGAAAGAUACCCAUACCUGUACAAAUGCCUCUACGGCGUCCUCAUGCUCCUUCCUCAAAGCUCAGCAUUUGCAGCUCUCAAGAACCGCCUCAACAGCGUUAGUAACAUUGGCCUCCUCCACACAGGUCCUCGUCUACCAACCACAUACAGAUCUACAAUGGCUUCCACUUCUACCUCCGGCGCAUCAACCUAUGACCGCACCAGCGGCCGCCUCAAACAGCGUGACGAAAACUCCAUCCGCUGGGUCGAUCUUCUAGACAAAUUCAAGUCAGUUCAGGAAAAGACCCGCUCUUCGCAGCGCUCCCAGCGCCCCUUCGACGCCAACGACGCACGCACGCAUCAAACGACAACACUCUCCGCUGCUAUCUCCAACGCAGAUCAAAUCCGCAGAGACAAGACCCUCCCCGAUACGCCGCGCGCCGCGUUUGGCGGCGCAGGAGGCCGCGCUUCGCCCGCUGAUGGUGGCAACGCUGGAAGUGUUGUUGCUGGUGGCGCUGCUGGGAAGGGAGGAAUUCUAGGUCCACAACGGCAGAAAUCCGGCUUGCCAAAUUUGGGACGUUUAAGAAUUGGCGGGGGGAAGAAUAAGCGUUGA